CGCUGACGAAUUGGAAUGUACAGGCUCCUCAAGACUGGCCUAUUCUCAGACUGCCAGGUCAAGUGCGAUGGCAAAACGUGGAACCUACACAUGUCCAUCUUGUGCGGCCGCUCCGCAUACUUCAUGGGAUUCUUGGUUGGCGAUUGGCCGAAGGCCAAAGCUGGCAUUGUCGAGAUCACCUGCUUCACUGCACAACAGAUGGACUGGAUCAUCUCCUGGAUCUACACCGGUAAAUUCGACUUUCGCAGCGUUGAGCAGAACAACACGCUCCUGCACACCUCCGUCGAACUCUGGACGUUGGGCGAUUACUUCCUUGUGCAGAACCUCUGCUCUCGCGCCGAGCAGGUGUUCGUGAACCUGACAAGGCGAGCACAAACGGCACGCUACCACCCCGACCCCCAAGAUUGGCUCAAUGCCGGCCGCCUGAUCUACUUAUACUACGUAGAUAUGGACAGCACGCACAGCCUCAAGGAAAGAUUCGUGGAACUUACACUUGAGAAGGCAUGGGCCAGGAAGCAGAAUCUCCAGAUGCCUGAGUUCAAGACUCUUUGCCAGGAGCAUCCCGAAUUUGGGAAUGACUGCAUGAUGAAGCUUGUUGACGAUCGUAUCUCACGGCUUCAGUGA